AUGCAGAAUGGGUUGGCAAGUUACAGCCAGCAGCGAUAUGAGCUUCGGAUAACUGCUUUCCAAACUAACACCAUAGUUAACAUCACCGUUCUUGGAGGCAUAUUCAAGCAAAAUCUCACUAGCAGUGCCGGCACAACCAUAUCAGUGGCACUACCAGAAUCAGUGGAGAAUAGAGGCAGCUUGACCUUCAGCAACAGCGUCCAUGUGACAUCCAAUAAACCUAUCAAUAUUCUCUCACUUAACCACAGGUUCCGUAGUGCUGAAACAUCUAUAGUGUAUCCAUUGGACAAUUUGGGUACAACAUAUUACCUAAUCACACCCAAGCAAGGCUCCACUGGUUCAUAUAAGGCAUUCUCAGUCAUUGCAUCUAAGGAGGAUACAUCAGUUGAUAUUUAUUUGAAGGGAGUGGUAGAAUUCAAAGGUUUAAAGUACCCAGCAAACAGUGUUCUAACAGUACGUUUAGCUGCCUUUGAAGGUAUCCAGCUUUUGAGCUCAGAUGAUCUCUCUGGUUCUAAAGUCAAGUCUGAAAAACCAGUGGCCGUGUUGAGUGGUCACACUUGUGCCAUCAAGAACACUCAGUGUAGUCAUGUCUUUGAACAACUUAUGCCUGUUGACCUUUGGGGAAAGAGCUUCUAUGUUGCACCGUUUUCCUUUCAAACAAAGUCUGAUAUUGUUUUCAUUGUUGCAGCUGGCAACACAGAGGUGAGCUAUGACUUGGGCACUAAUGAAAGAAGCAUUAGUAUGGUGGAUGGACAAGUCCAAGAGAUAGAAAUGCCAGGUGAAACACUAUCAAUUACAGCAAGUAGUCCUAUACAAGUUAUGUCCUUCAACACUGGUGGAACUGUCAGAAGAUUUAAUUAUAAUCCAUCAAUUAUGAAUAUCUUAGAUACAGGGAGCUACUGCUCCUCUUACUACAUCUAUGGUCAAAGGGACAUUGACAAUUACGCCAUUAUUAUAGCCAAGAAUGUCUCGGUUAACGGAAUUACUUUUGGUGGACUAAGAUUAAAAAAUCCAGUAUGGCAGCAAAUUCAUGGAACAGAUUACAUGUGGCUUCAAUAUUAUUUUGGGACCAGUUUCAUAUCUAACAUGGUGCAGCAUCCCACUGACUCGUUUGGCCUUCAGAGCAUUGGGGUUGGUGUUCAGUUCAGCUACGGCUCACCAGGUUCCUGUAUAAAAGGUAAAAAAGAUCUAAAAUGAAUUAAUUAUGGCAGGGGGGAGAAUGCACUUCUAUUGGAUAGGGUUGAACCCAUUCACUCCAGAGAGAGCUAUCUACCUCUCAUCUUAAUAAGUCCAUUGUUUAUGUAGAGAUAAUUCGCUAAUUGUAGCUCUCACGUGAGUCGUCUUCUCAUGUUGGUCAUAUUACUAAGAUAACUUUUGAGAUGGUGAUACACUAGAUCCAGCAAUCAUUAUUUCUUAUUUAAAUCGAAUAAAUUAUGUAUUUUAUAUAAGCACCCAUCAUAAAAUCAACAAUCUAGUUUCACUGGCCUAAUUGUAUUAUCAAAGUUUAAAAAUAUAGUAAAUAUAUUCUCUGAUUGGAAUGUGUGAUUUGUAUAUGAUUGCUUCCUUGCCGAUUUCUGGCUUCCUGUUUGCUUGUGUGCGCAUCAGGACCUUGUUGCCACCUACAGGAGUCUUAACUUGAAGAACAGCAGAAUAAAACUGAAAGUCAAAGCUGGCACAGUACAUCUUCUAAACCAGGAUACGGCGACUGUAUCUUCAGAAGGAUAUUGAUACUUUAGAGAGGGUUCAGAGAAAGGCUACUAGACUGUAGAGACGUACAUGGAGAAAAUAUUCGGUUUGGUUCGGCACUCCGAAAUUCGGGACUUCGGCAUUUCUGAACUUCAGGACUUUGUCACUUCGGUUCGGCACUUCGGUACUUCGGACCUUCGCCACUUCAGAACUUCGAAACUUCAGGACUUCGGAUGUUCUCUUGCAGCCGCUUGGUAGAUAACUUCCUAAUUCCCACGGUAUUAGGGAGCUAUCUACCAAAAGGCUGAAAGACCUAAAUUGGUCUUUCAGCCACAUUUACUAAUACCAGUGGCGGUUGGGGGCCCUGAAUAAAAAUGUAACCCCCCCGGUGACUAGGGGCCCCCAUAUCCCUAGUCACCCCCUUCCCCAGAAAAAUUAAUAAACCCUUACCUACCCCCCUCACUCUAAAAAUAGUGAGGGGGGAACAAUAACUAAGUAUCUGUAAAAAAUAAAUAAAACUUUGAUGUCUUCUUUUUUCUAAAAUCUUCCUUUUCAGCCUCCAAAAAGGCCAAAUAAAAAACCAUAAUGCACGUCGACGAAAAAGUAAUCCAUUUUCACCUAUGGAGGGCACUGCGCAGACUGAACUCCGCAUGGCGGGGGAAGGCAUAUAAAGCCUUGCCCCGCUCUGCAGUUAGGCUCAGAGCACUCUGAUUGGUUGGUUUAAGCCAUCCAAUCAGAGUGCUCUGACAGGUAAAUUAAGAGACUGAUAGCUAAGUCUCUACAUUUACCUGUCACAGCACCCUGGUUGGUUAGCUUGAAAUCCAACUAUUUAGAGUGCUCUGUGUCAUUUUACACAGCGUGGGAAAGUUCUUUGAAAGGUUCCAACGCUGUGUAAUUUGACUCAUAACAACACUCUGAUUGGUUGAUUGAAAGCAACUAAUCAGAGUUAUGAUUUAAAUCACACUGCAUGGGAAAAUUCCAAAGAACUUUACCACGCUGUGUAAAAUGACACAGAGCACUCUGAUUGGUUGGAUUUCAAACUAACCAAUCAGAGUGCUGUGACAGGUAAAUGUAGAGACUUAGCUAUCAGUCUCUUAAUUUACCUGUCAGAGCACUCUGAUUGGAUGGCUUAAACCAACCAAUCAGAGUGCUCUGAGCCUAAUUGCAAGGCGGGGCAAGGCUUUAUAAGGGGCGUUAUAAGCCUUGCCCUGCCCUGCGGAGCUCAGUCUGCGUGGUGCCCUCCAUGGGUGAAGAUGGAUAACUUUUUCGUCAGAUUUGUUUUGUGUGGUUUUUGCAACGUGCAUUAUGUUUUUUUUUAUUUGGCCUGAAAAAGAAGAUUUUAGAAAAAAGAAGACAUUAAAUGGUAAGUUUUAUUUAUUUAUUUUACAGAUACUUAGUUAUUGUUCCCACCUCACUAUUUUUAGGGUGAGGGGGUUAGGUAGGACUUUAUAAAUCUUUUGGGGGAGGGGGUGACUAGGGGUUUGGGGGUCGCUUAGGGGUAGGGGCCGGGGGAGGGCAAUAGGUCCCUACUCCUUAUUUUACUUUAGGGCCCUCACCCACCGCACAGGGGUGAUGGCCGGGGGGAGGACAAUAGGUGCCUCCCCCUUGUUCUACUUUAAGGCCCCCACCUGCCUCACAGGGGUGGGGGCCAGGGGGAAGAAAAUAGGUCAAUACCCCUUAUUUUACUUAGGGCCCCACCCGCCCCACAGGGGUGGCGGCUGGGGAGGACAAUAUUCUACUUUAGGGCCCCCACUCGCCACACAGGGCUGGGGGCAGUGGGGGAGGACAAUAGGUCCCCCAUUAUUCUACUUUAGGGUCCGCACCCGCCACACAGGGGUGGGGGCCAGGGGAGGAGGACAAUAGGUGCCACCCCUUAUUUUACUUUAGGGACCCCACCCGCCGGACAGGGGUGGGGGCGGGGGGGGGAGAGGACAAUAGGUCCCCUUCCAUAUUGGUAUUUAGGGCUCCCACUCACCGCACAGGGGUGGGGGCCAGGGGGGAGGAAAAAAGGUCCCCCCCCCUUAUUUUACUUUAGAGCUCCCACCCACCUCACAGGGGUGGGGGCCAGGGGGGAAGAAAAUAGGUCCCUACCCUUAUUUUACUUUAGGGCCCCACCCACCACACAGGGAUGGCGGUUGGGGGGAGGACAAUAUUCUACUUUAGGGUCCCCACAUGCCGCACAGGGGUGGGGGCUGGGGGGAGGACAAUAGGUCCCCCAUUUUUCUACUUUAGGGUCCACACCCGCCGCACAGGGGUGGGGGCCGGGGGGGGGAGGACAAUAGGUCCCACCCCUUAUUUUACUUUAGGGUUCCCACCCACCGCACAGGUCUUUCAGCCUUCUGGUAGAUAGCUCCCUAAUACCGUGGGAAUUAGGGAGUUAUCUACUUACUCAUUCACAUUCAUUCAUUGACUGGCUAAGUAACUUACAUUUUAUAUGAAUGUGUGUUACUUGAUUGUUGUAAGUAUUGCAAAUGCUUACAGCUGAAUCCUGGCUAUGUUUGUAUACUUUUUAUUUAAACUGGUAUAAAGUGUAACAUUCUUCAUUCUUCCACUGGGUAUAUUAGUACUUCGGCAAUUCUGUGCUUUGGAACUUCUGCACUUCGGCACUUCCACACUUCGAAACUUCGGCAACGUCAGAACUUCAGCAACGUUGGAACUUCGGCACUUCGGAAAUUUGGUAAUUUGUCAAUUGAGCCAUUCAGCCAUUCAGAAGUGUCCGAAUUACCCGAAAUUCGUCCAAAUUUAUAUUCGGAACGACACAAAAUGAACAUGUCUACUAAACAGCAGUUUGCGGGAUAAAACGUACCAGGAAAGGUUAAAGGAACUUAACAUGUAUAGCUUGGAGGAAAGACGAGACAGGGGGGGAUGUGAUAAAAACAUUUAAAUACAUAAAGGGAAUCAACACAGUAAAGGAGGAGACCAUAUUUAAAAGAAGAAAAGCUACCACAACAAGAGGACAUAGUCUUAAAUUAGAGGAGCAAAGGUUUAAAAAUAAUAUCAGCAAGUAUUACUUUACUGAAAGGGUAGUGGAUGCAUGGAAUAGACUUCCAGCUGAAGUGGUAGAGGUUAACACAAUGAGGAAGUUUAAGCAUGCGUGGGAUAGGCAUAAGGCUAUCCUAGACUUAAGAUAAGGCCAGGGACUAAUCAAAAGUAUUUUGAAAUAUUGAGCAGACUAGAUGGGCCGAAUGGUUCUUAUCUGCCAUCACAUUCUAUGUUUCUAUGCGCACACAAGCAAACAGGAAGUCAGAAACUGGCAAGGAAGCAAUCACAUACAAUCCCAGAUUCCAAUCAGAGAAUAUUUUUACUAUAUUUUCAAACUUUGAUAAUACAAUUAGGCCAUAGAAACUAGAUCACUGAUUUUAUCAUGUGCUUAUACAAAAUACAUACUUUAUUGGAUUUAAAUAAAAAAUAAUGAUUGCUGUAUACUUAAGUGUCAGUCCUGAAGCAGGUCUUUUAAAUAACCUUUUCUGAUAAAAUCACUAAACAAUCAUAUGAAUAAUAAUAAAUAAUAAUAAAGCAUAUUGUGACACGAUGCAUAUAUUUGGGACACAUUAUAUCCUCUAUAAUGACAGGAAAACAAAAUACAACAUACAGGACUCUUUAAGUGGGCAGUAUGCCACAAAAUAAAUCACUAUGUUUUAAUCUGCCUCACCCAAGCUAGUCCUACCUGAGCUUUACUGCCAACAUGCGGACAAAAGGCUAACUAGUUGUUAAUGGAAUUUAAUUACUUUUCUGGAAUAUUGUUGCUCCCAUUUAUGCUUAAUGUAACAGAUUUUACACAUGCCCAUUUUCUUUCAAUUAGCCCGAAAAAGGAUUAAUCUACUUAUUUCUUUUGCCCAGGUCCUGAAGUCCCACGUCCAUCUUGUAGAACCACUGUUUGUCUUUGGAGACACGAGUGCACUACGGAGAAUGGAAAGCCAAGGUGUAUUCCUCAGAAAGUGGAUGCGUGCUGGGCUUCAGGAGACCCCCAUUACAAUACCUUUGAUGUGUAUCUCUUUGAUUUCAUGGGGACAUGUACAUAUACUCUGGUGAAUGUCUCUGAAGGUGCUGAGAAGAAUCUUAAACGCUUUACAGUUCUGGCCAAAAAUGAUAAUCGAGGAAAUACUCGUGUUUCCUAUGUGGCUCAGGUGACCUUCAAAACAAGCGGCUACACUAUCGAUGUCAAGAAAGGGGAAGUUGGCUCUGUGAGA